AGGGGAAAGUUCACAUGGUCAACGUUUACUCAGCAAUCCUACUGGCAGGAAAAUUUCAAUUUUUAAAGCCAACAUCUCCCUCCCUAACACACACCUCUUUUGCACCACUGUUCCGGCCAUUCCCCUCUGUCUCACCAUUUCGCAAACGAUUUCCAGGUUCAAGAAAAAACUUGUGGGUGAAGCCUGGUUUGUCUCAUUUGCUUGCUCUUCUUAAUAUUCUAUAAGCGAAUAAAACGCUGUUUAUGGCUGUACUGGAGAAGAUAUCCGAGGUUAUGCAAAAAAAUGAGUUGGUGAAGAAGGGUAUAAGAAAAUCAAUGUUGAUGUUAAUGCAGGAAUGGAAGAGUUUUGAAGAGGAUUCUGACUUGACCACAAAAUGUUUCCAACAAUGCUUCAAUGAACUGGAGGUCAGGGAGAAGCACUUGAGUUCAGUACAAGAAUCAGUGGUUGAUAGUUCUCAGAAACUUAACUUGAUCAGGGAAUCUGUGGAGCAGAAACGGAAAGAAGUUGAGGGAAAAAUGGAAGAAUUUUGUGCAUUUCGAGACAGAGAAAUCAGGGAUUUGGAACGCAAAUGGAAAGACUUCAUUUUGGCCAAACAGGAGUUUGAUGAAACUGUGAAAUUGAGAGAGAAGAAGCUGAAUGAGCAAGAGAAGAUGGGGGAACGCCUUUUGGGCAAAAUAAAAUUUGAGCAUAAGCAGCUGGAGAAUAAACUUGAACUCCAGGAGCUGAAGUCUAAUUUACUCAAGGAAAGACUCCAAUUAAGGGAGGGAAAUAGGCAACUGUCAGAAGAACUUGAUUCUAUGAAGAAGAAACUGGAUUUGGUCAAUGGUGAGCUUCAACAAGAAAAGGAAAAAACCCAAACAGAACAAGGAUUAUUCAAGAAAAGAAUGAAAGAAAUAGCACUUAAUGAAAUACAGGUUGAGGUAAUGGAAGAUCGGUUUAAAUUUAAAGUGCUUGAGGAAACAAAGAAGCAACUGAAAACUAUUGGUAAUGCCCCUGAGAAGACUGAGGCUAUUGACAAUGUAGAAGUGGAUAGAGUUUAUACUACCUCUACUGAUUCUGCUGAUAUAAAACUUGUUCUGACAAUGGAUGGGAAGGCUUUACAGAUAUUCUUAAAUGAGCACGAGAAGAAGCCAGAUUCAAUGUCUGAUGAUGUUUUUAGGUCCCUUCAUUUGUCUCGCAACCCUGCAAUGUUGGUGCUUGAUGCAAUGGAAGGGUUCUAUCCUCCCCACUUGACGAUGAUGAAGGGAGAUACAGAGUUUGAGGGCACUGUUGUCAGGAAGACCUGCAUUCUUGUGUUAGAGCAGUUAAUUAGAUUCUCACCGAAGAUUCAACCUACUGUCCGUAAGAGAGCAAUGAAACUAGCAAGUGAGUGGAAGUUUAAAAUGACUGGGGAUCAAUUGGAGAUCUUGGGUUUCUUGUAUCUGUUGGCUUCUUAUAAUCUGGCAUCUGAUUUUGAUGCGGAUGAGCUUCUGAACCUGCUGGCUGUCGUAGCUGAGCAUAACAAGUCAUCAGAGUUGUGUGAUCUUCUUGGUUUGACCAAGAAGAUCCCUUGCUUCAUCCAGAACCUUAUAGCCAAGCAAAAACAUCUUAAAGCUGUUAAAUUUGCUUAUGCUUUUGUGCUUGCGGACAGUUUCCGGCCAAUACCGAUUCUGAAAGACGACUUGAAACAAACUAUUCAGAUUUCUGACAGCCACUGUUAUGCAGAUGUGUGCUCAGUCAAAGAAAAGAAUGAGUCCAUUGAACAGAGUGUAGCUUCUAUUAGAGCUGUUAUCAAAUGCAUUAUGGAUCACGACCUUCAAUCUCAAUACCCACCCUCACAGCUUGAAGAGUAUAUAGAAUCUCUCACAAGGCAGAAGACACAUGUAACCACAUCUAUCAUUUCUGAGGCUCAGAAACCACAGCAGACUCAGCUGAAGCAUAUGGAAUCAACUAAUCCAUCUGUUCCUGCUGAUACCAAGGCCCUCAGUUAUACCUCAUCCGUUGGAAAGGCCUCUACUUGCAUGUUAGGUCAUUCCGAUGCUAUGACUUCCAUCCUUGUGAGCAUGGGUGGAAAGAACUUGCAGAGUUUUCUAAACAAUCAUUGGAAAGAGCAGGGGUUGUUGCGCAUUGAAAUCUCUAGUGCUCUCAAACUGUCAUCUGACUCGGGGAUGCUUGUGUUGGAAGCACUUGAAGGAUUUUAUCCUCCAGAACCUCAUAGUGAAGAAAUUCUAUUGGAUCUUAGUGUUAUCAGGAAAAGUUGCAUCCUUCUACUGGAACAAUUAAUGAUACUCUCACCAAAACUUAAACCAGAAGCCAAAUUGGAAGCUCGCAAGCUUGCAUUUGACUGGAAAGCAAAGAUGAAAACUGAAACAGAAAACCAUCUGGCAAUCUUGGGUUUUCUGCUGCUAGUGGGUGCCUACGGCUUGGCAUCUGCCUUCAAUAAAGAUGAGCUUGAGAGUUUGUGCCACACUGCAGCACAGGAUGAUAAUGCAUAUCAGAUUUGUCAUGAACUCAGUGUUGCAGGAGAACGUCCCCAGAUUGAGAGAUCUAUUGAUCCCUCUAAAACUGAACCUCUUUUCAACAAUGUGGAAAUGAAAGGCAGGGAAUGCGAUUUAAUCUCUGGUUGUUCUUUAAGUUUUAUUCAUUGUGUAUCAGAUCCUGCAAAGCUUGUCUUGGAUGCAUUGCAGAAAUGUCGUUCUGCCAACUUGGGGAAGUAUAAAUAUGACCCAUUAGUUAUGAAGAGUUUUUCUGAUUUGUUGGAGCAUCUGAGAGACGUUUCUCCAGAAAUAACACCACAGGUUAAAGUAGAGGCACUUGUGCUUUCUGUUGAGUGGCAUGAAACAUUGACCGGAUCACAGCUGAAUCCUUCAGAGGUCCUACGCUUUUUGCAACUUAUAGCUACUUUUGAAUUAUCAUCCUCUUAUGAUUCAGAUGAGCUUCUAGGCCUAUUGGAGAUUGUUUACAAGUCUAGAAGAGCAAUUAAUCUGUUCAAAAUCCUAGGGUUAAGAGAUAAGGUCCCAUGCUUUAUUGAGAAGCUGAUAAUGAGAAAACAAUGGCUGCUGGCUAUUAGGUACAUCUAUGUGUAUAAACGUGUUCACUUGUUUCCACCUGUGCCUCUCCUUAAGGACUAUGUGCUAAACGCAGAAGAGCUGGCUAAGAAAAUACAUGAUGAGGGACUCGGUUCUCGUGAGGCCAAAGAAAAGGCUAUAAAUCGUGAAAUAUCUGCAUUGAGAGCUGCAAUUAAAUGCAUUCUGCGUCACAGCCUUCAAUCAGAAUACUCACCUGACCUUCUUCGAGCUCGUAUUGCGAAGCUUCAAAGGCAGAUGGCAGACCUAAGGAUCCCAAACCAACACUCAGGCAAAGACAGAGAUGUAGGAAUUCUCUGCGCUCCAAUUUCUCUUGCUGCCGCAAAAAAGCGUCUUGCCUCAGCUACUGAAGGUGUUACUGUACAUGAGUCCCAACAGCAACAGCGAAAACUUAAGCGCUUCUGCCAGUUACCAACGCAGACAGAAGUUGGUCAAGAGUCUAUCAUUUGCAAUGCUUCUCUGUCAUCUGAUGUGCAAUCAUCUUCUCAACCCACAUCUGCAGAUGCUCAAUCACCAAACUACUCAAAAGAUGUGUUUUCUCAGCCUUCAGAUGACCAGAUUUGUGAUUCUGGACAACCAUCUUCCCAGCUAAUUGGUAGUUCACAUGCUUAUGAUGACGCCAAGGUUGAAACUAGAGAACCGGACCUUCCAGUACAAGCAUCGUGUCAUGCAGCUGAUAGUGGAAAGUUGAGGAGUCAUAGUGAUCACUCCGUGAUCGAUUAUAGUGUGCCACAAUCCCUGUCGCCCCAAAUAGACCCAUUUUAUCAUCCUGGGGGAAAUCUGAUGCCAAAUCUUCAGGAGCUACUUAACAAGCUGAUGAAUUCUUUGCCCAGCUCAGGGAAAAGUGAAAUAGGACCUAGUAAGAAGAGUUAGGUAGCAACUCUAUUCAAUUCUUCUCUUUAUUUAUACAAAAAAGAUCAGUAACUAUUUUAGGGACGGCCCAGCCGGGGGCUUCUGCAACACCCCAUUGCUAAGCCCAUUAUGUAUUGCCUUUGAUACUUAACAAAUCUCGACUCCUUUAUAUUUGGGGUCCCGUCCCUAGACGACUUGAGUAAAGGGGGAAUCCAAUAGCAACUGGUCUGUAGUGGUAGAACCUUGUUAAACUGAGGCUAACUAAAAUGUUCUACCUGUUGUAAGUGUGCCACAAUCUUUGUUGCAGAUAAACCCCUCUUAUUAUCCGUUCCAAA